AUGGAGAAAAAAGGGCCAGGGACUCCCCCACCCAGAGAGGGGCAGCUGCAUCCCAUUCUGGUGCUGGCAACACCAAGCGCAGCCUUUGGCUCAGACUUCCAGUAUGGCUACAACAUGGCUGUGGUCAACACGCUGCACAAGGCCUUGAAGUCAUUUUGUAACAAAAUCUACUUCAAGCGACAUGGAACAUUCAGGGACGAGAAGGUUGUGGUGCUCCUGUUUUCUUGCACCGUAUCCGUGUUUCCUCUGGGCCGCGCGUUGGGGUCGCUGACAGUUGGCCUGCUGGCUGAUGGAGGCAUUAGAAGGGGGGCCCUGCUGAUCAACAGUGUCUUUACCACCGUCCCAGCCGUCCUGAUGGGGGUCAGCGAAAUGACCAAGCCUUUUGAGCUGAUCACCUUUUCUCGGUGGUGCUGGGAGUCUGUGACAGCCGAAGGCCCAAGCACAUGCUCGGGUCUGAAGGGCCUGAGGUGACAUGGCCCGCACCACUGGCCGAGGUUGGAGCAGAGGACGAGGGCCUUCCUGGCUCUGCCUGGCCCUUUUCUCUCUUGAGGCAUCCUCUUAUCUUUGUUCCCAGGCCCUUGCAAACCU